AUGAGGGCAACACAUCAUACAAUGUCUAUGGACAAUAAAGGAAAGCGUGUACGAGGAAACUUAAAUAUGGAUAUGCCCAGAGGCGUGAGAAAAGGUGCCUGGACAUACGAGGAAGAUAAGCUACUCAAGGCUUGCAUUGACAAGUAUGGGGAAGGAAAAUGGCAUUUAGUUCCUCAAAGAGCAGAAUUGAAUAGGUGCCGCAAAAGCUGUAGAUUGAGGUGGUUAAAUUAUUUAAGCCCCAACAUCAAAAGGGAAAGCUUUGCUGAGGAUGAAGUCGAUAUGAUCCUAAGGUUACACAAACUUCUAGGGAAUAGAUGGUCAUUGAUUGCUGGAAGGCUUCCGGGAAGAACAGCUAAUGAUGUAAAGAACUAUUGGCACACACACUUGCACAAGAAGGUGGUUUCAAGAACACAAGAAGAAAAGAAAGAAAAAACUAAGGAAACCAUGAAAUUUCAUGAAAUUAUUAGACCUCAACCUCGAACUUUCUCAACUCAUUCACCUUCGUUGAAUGGGAAACAUAAUAUUAACGCGACACCAAUUGUGGCAAUUUCAACUCAACACUGUGAAGUCUCGCCAAAUCGUGAUAAUAAAGAGAUUACGGUUCCAAACCAAAUUGGUAGAGAUAUUGUUGGUGUUUCAGAACCAAGUCUUGGUAAUGCUCCAAUACCGUGUGCAAUGUGGUGGGACGGUUUAUUGAACUUGCAAUGUGGUGAGAAAAUUGGUUCAGGCUCUUCAUUACAAGAGGAGAACUUUAUUGAGUUUCCAAAUGUGGAUGACUCCUUUUGGGAUUUCAACCUUUGUGAUUACGAUUCUCUUUUAGAUCAUUAGAUAUUGGUUUUGGUGUAAUAUUUGCCAAUACUAUUUUUUAGGAAAAAUGUA